UAUUACCACCAUCAAUCGAUGACGGACGUUGCAUCCUUUUUGCGUUGUUUGUUGGCAGUAUUAACUGUUUUAUAAGCAAACAAUAAAGUCUUUGUUAUACAUUUUCAAUUGAAAGGAAAUACCUGCGAGUUUAGUCAUAUAAUUGCGUGUAGGGAGCUGAUAUUGAAAGGAAGAUUGAGAACUUGAUAUCACAUUCAUAUUGUUUAAGCCCAACUGAUAAAAGGGGGGAAAAUGCUUUCGCAUCAGUUGCACGCAGUGAUUUGGUUACUUAACGGAGUCAUUGCACUUUAUGCAUAUCCAACUAUAAAACUACCAUUCCUAUUUGUUUCUUCCGCAUAUGGCGAAAACGCUUCCAGGUUCAAAAGGAGUGGAUUGGAAAUACAAUCCGAUGCAGAUGUGGUGGAAUUGGAGCAUUUAAAGGACCAUUAUGGCAGUGAAAACAUAGAAACAGCUGGACAAAUACCGUCAAAUUUUGAACAGACCUUUGUGCCCGAUGUUGGCGUCGGCAAACCCGUUAGUGCUGAACCGCUAAGUGAAUCGCAGGAAUUGGAACGUCAAUUAGAGCAAAUGCCCGCAAUUACCACAAAAUUGGAAAAGAGCACCACAACAGAGUUAUCAGUCGCACCAAUUGAGCCGGAGGGGCGUGGCGAACAGCUCUUACCAGUUGGCGGCAGUGGCAUUCAUCGUCCACCCACGCUACAACAUGACAACGGUGGUAAGACACCAGCUGAGGCUGGUGCGACCAAUCAGCAGCAAACUGCUGAAAUUGGUGCGGUUGUACCAAAUGGUGGCGGUCCGCCUGCACCAUCAGCUAUCAAGCCUUUCUAUGGUGCCGCACGUUUGGCAUUCGGUCAAAAUCCGGAAGUGCUGCCAACCACCUCCACAGCGGCCACUUCCACUAGCACUACAACGUCAACAACAACAACCACCACUACUCCAGCAAUCGUCCAAGCCAACAACGCUGGCAAAGAUGCAAAUGCGCCUGAAACAGAUACACUUCCACUUGACGUCAAGAGUGUCGGAACGAAUGGGCAAGAAAGCACACAAAUGAAUCCAAUAGAGAAAUUGGCCGAGCAAAUUAAACCGGCAGCACAACGUCGCUCGGUGCCCUUAAAGCCACAACAGACCGUCGAAACACUUCUAAAACGCCACAAUGGUCAGUUAUCACCCUUUGACAUGGCACAGUAUGUGUUUUGGACUGGCGAUGAGGCAGGUGUUGCACGCGCCGUUGAGGAACUAAUCGAUCGUGGAGUGAUGUCACGUGAAAACGCCUUAGCAUUUCUGCGUGAAGUACGCAUUGGCAUUGAGUAUCUACAACAGUCGUACACAAAUCGCAUCUUCCCAGAAGCCGGGCUGAAUAUAAACAUUGACAAGAAAAUGUUCGAGAUGCCCCAGUCCAAACCGGUGGCACCGCCAACUGUUGCAUCCACAAACGAAAAAUCGCUACUUCCUUACUUACAACUGGAGCGUCUACUGCACACAAGCAAUCAACGCCAAGUGAAACCAGUUGAUAAUACACCAGUAUGGCAUAAAUUGCAAGCGCUCAACAAUGAUGGUAAUCAAGAACUCAACGAUUAUGAUGAGAACGGCGAAAGAGCUAAGAUAUCACAAUUCUUGUAUAAUGAAUAUACUUUGGAAGAUAUUUUAUAUAAAUUGGCAAAGAUCAUGUUCACACAGUCUUUGGCUCAUGGCUCCGAUGAAGCUCAGCAUGAAUUGCAGAAAUUAACCGAUUUUUUGGAACGUGAGGGCAAUCUUGGUGUCAUACCAAUUGACUUGCAGAAGAAAGUUUUACACAUCUUAUUCCGCGCUUUGUCCGAUACUUUGGCAGAACGUCCCGAAUUAUUGUCGGUUGCAAAUGUUAAUCUCGCUAACACCUACAAUCGUCUUCCUCUCCGUACUUUAGAGCCAUGAAAUGGACGCAGUAACAAGUGAUUCCACAAUAAGUAAAGUUUUACGUAAAAAUACAUAUUUAUAUAUACAUAAAUAUUUUUUUGGUUCCAAAUUAUGAUAGCUCCAGCAUAGUUAUCAUAACAAUAUAAAUUAGUGUCCGAGUUAAGCGAAGCGAAUUUGCUCACAAAUCGUCCAUUACUAGCGGUGGCAAAUCUAUUUUAGUUUUGUAAAGCUCCAAAAUUUAUUUAAUUUAUUUGUUGCCAGCAACACAACAACAAUGAGUAUUUUGAACACUGCAAAGCAGCGUAAGCGAAUUUAUCUAUUUACUAGAGCUGAGAAAAACGUAUUAAAAAAAUAAUAUAUUAUAACAAAAACAAACAGUUAGUGUGCUGUUUAUUGCAAAAAUGAUUUGGAAAAUAUCACAGCAUACUUAGACAACAAUUUUCCAGUUUAUUAGAGAAGCGUAACUGAUUUUUGAAGUAAUCCUAAAAAGCGAUAUUAUAUAUACAAACAAACAUACAUAAAACUAAAAGUAGUGCACAUAUUUUGAUUUGAAAUCAAUUUAUGAUAAAAUAAAAUUAACAACUGCGAAAAUUAUAACAAGUUGGCGGCAGUUUCGCAUUGUGUUUAUAACUGUAAUAAUGGCUAAAUGUUUAACAUUUUAUGAUAGGCUUAUACCUAUAAGGAUAUGUUUUUUUUUUGUAGGCGCGUAUAACUGCAUUCGUAUUUUAAUUGUAUUUACAAGAGUACACAUGCAUAUACAUACAUAUAUCCAAUAAAACAAACGUAUAUGUUUACAUAUAACGGUAAUGCUAAUUAGUGUAUUAUGUGUUUAAAUAGCUAAGCUGAGCUGAGUUAUUUAGUACAUUAGUUAGACGGUUAGGUACAAUAUUUUUUUCAAAUAUUUGUUUUUGUUUUAUUAAAUCUUAAGUGCAAAUAUAACUAUAUAUCUAUAAAUGUAAUAAAA